UCUGCUUAGCGAUGGCGGGUGUUGUUCUUGAAACUCUGAACGUUUGGAAACUGGCUUCUUUCGGAGGCCUGAUGUUAGUUGUGCAAAUUUGCUUUUUCCUCAUUGGUGGCCUUAUUGCUCCAGCACCCAAUACCACGGAUCAAAUUCUCAUGUCAAAAUGCAUAGACCGCUCCGGAGAUCCUCUAAAAUGGCAUUUUGCUAGACCACUUUCAAAUGAAAGUUGCCAAGAUAUCCUUCCAGAUGGCGACAUUGAAGAAGUUGUACCACCAAAUGUGGACGCUAGUCAGAUCGUGUUUAUGGCUCAGUUCCCACACCCACGAGACGGAAUGGAUUUGCGUAUGACCCGGUGGUUUCAGCAAGUAAUGGGUGUGUUGAUGCUGGAUAUCAAACAGAAAUAUUCGCAGGAGUUAGGAAAUACUGAAAUCACAUUCGAUCUACGUCUCGGAUACCGUAAUCGUAAUGAUCCUCGACACGUUUGGCAUGAAUUGGCUCGUUCAGUUGAGGUUCGGCCUCUGAAGUGUACACUUGAUCCGGAAGCUAAACGUCAUCAUGGGCAUUCUCAUUCACUUGAUGAGGGCUUUUACUAUGAUUGUGAGGUUUUACCGCUGUUUACGUUGGCUAGCUGUCAUCAUGAAGAAUAUUUGUUGAAUUUGAGAAUUCCUGUAGACGAAAAGCACAAAAUUAACGUGGGUAUUGGAAGUAUUCAGGAUGUAUGGAUGGUAGAGAUUCACCAAAAUGGAGGGUUUACAAAGGUAUGGUUUUCCUUGAAGACAUUUUCAUUUCCAAUUGUAUUAUUGGCUCUCAUGUUUUUUGGCAGUCGUGUCAGGGAGUUAGAACGUCCUCCAAAUGUAUUAGAAAAAACUAUAUUUACUUUGGGAAUUUGUUUGUCGAUCUUGAAUUGUCCAGUUGAAUGGUUGUCUCUUAUAUACAAUUUUUCCUUUUGGUUAGUCUUGAGUGAUAUACGUCAGGGUUUAUUUUAUGCUACACUUGUCUGCUUUUGGCUUGUUUUCACCGGUGAACAUAUGAUGACAGAUCCAGCUAGUCGUGUAAAGACUAAUUGUCUAGGACUGAAAGGUUUAUACUGGCCAAGACUACUUCUUGUCGCUGGUUGUUGUACUGCUUUAUUCAUAUUCGAAUUAGCUGAACGUGGUGUACAAAUACGCAAUCCAUUUUAUAGCAUAUGGUCUCAUCCAAUUGCUGCUAAAAUGGGUUUAACAAGUAUUAUCAUUGGAGCACUGUGUGCAUUUGCCUAUAUGAUCUAUCUAACUAUACUUGUUGUACAAGCAUUUACACAAAUAUUGGGUAAACGUCGUUUAUUAAAUAAUCUACCCGUUGAACAACGUAAAUAUUAUACUGGAGUUAUUUAUCGCUUUAUGAUACUCUUAACGUAUACAAUAAUCUGUGCUGGUCUAACAGUCUCAUUCUUCAUCUUUAAUCAGGUCCUCGAGUUAGUGUGAGUCUCUAGAGUCUUCUUAUUGGUACGACGUAUUCCUGUGUUCUCGUUCCCCACAUGACAUUUUUCGCCAUAAAUUAAUAAGUAGUGGUACUACAUGGAUGUUAAGAUAGUAAACGGUUGAUAAGAAUUAGAAUGGAUAGUUGUCGUUUGAAAGGUUACUGAAGAUCAAUGGAAAUGGGGUGAAAAAAGUAUCGAAUAUACCUCAGCUUUUAUUACUGGUGUUUAUGGUAUGUGGAAUGUAUACGUGGUUGCUGUCCUCUGCUUAUAUUCUCCAUCGCAUAAAUUCCGUAGUACAACUGGUCAAGAAUUAUACAAUCGAUUGUUAAUUAAACCUCCUGUCACAAUUCCAAUCACUAUUACUACUGCUGCUACUAAUGCUGAUGCUAUGCCAGCAGCAGUGACAUCAACAACUCAGGAUUAUGAAUUAGAUGUACUGACUGGUAAACAUUCAGAAAAAGUUCAAUUAGUCCCUAGAGAUUCAAACAACAACAACAAUAAGGAGGGUAUACAGUCAAGUUCAUCACCAUCAUCUACAGUUGAAUCAAAAUCAUAUUUCCUUACUGAUGGCUUGAAAUUCAUUCGUAAAGAAGCAUUUGAAUAAUCAUAAUGAUAAUAAUAUAUGACCAUUAUGCAUAUUAUUUCUAUCACUAUUGUGUUGCUCUACUCCAUUUAACCAAAGAACAUUUUUCAACUCAUAUUACAUAUUUAUAUCUAUAACUGUCUCUCCCCCCCCCCACCUCUCAUCAUACCAACUAACUAACUGAUCUCAUGAGUUCCUUUUGCUUUGUUUCAAUUAUUAUAAUGAUUCACAUUAUGACUAAUUUUACCAUGUGUUAUAUCGCAUAUACCAAAGGUUGCUUUUCUCGAUACUUUUGUCUAAGCAUUUAUUAUAUAUGCAUACUUAUAUAUUUUCAUUUUGAUAUUUUGCAUUUCCUUCGUAUGCUGCUUGUUUUUAUCUUGCCAGCUGUCUGGUCUCUUUUAUAAUUUUUUUCCCGACAUACAACUUUUUUGCAUGUAGUUUAUGCUACUUAUUAUUAUAUCAUUACUAUUAUAUAUUCAUACUUAUUUAAUAUUUGAAAUAACCUUUUGACUAUUUAUAUGCGGUUGGUUGUUUAAAUACUAUCACAUAGCUUCCGGUGUUUUUAUGGGUGUGUGAGAAGAAUGUGCCUUUUAUAGUUCUACAUGGGUUAUUAUAUAUAUAUAUAUAUAUUCAGCAUUUUUUACACUUUAUUUCAAUAUUUAUUUAUAGAAAUUUAAUAAAACUUUAAAAGUUUACUUGAUAUCGGUUUUUAUUUUCUAACAAUUUUCUUGUGUUGUGUUACGGCACGCGGUUAUACAAUUGAUGUUCGAGUGUCCACUUCGCGGGGAUUCAACUGGAUCCAAAAUUACUCACGGAUUGAUAUUGGCUAUAGAAAAAUUGGUAAACCAGUGGGGAGUACUGGCUGGUGGUUUCAUCCUAUCAUCUGUCUGUCUGUUUUCAACAUAGAACUUUACA